AUGUUAACCGAAGAAAACAGUCCGGGUGAUCCCACGAUUGUAGUAAAACCAUAUCUAAAAUUUGUUAAAACUUUAAGCAAAGUUUCAGGAGCCGUAUUCGAGGCCCAUAGAAAAUCUCAGUAUAACAAGAAAAUAUGCGGGGCCUUACUAACUCGUGUCGAAUUUACAGAAUGCGUAGUAAAAUCUUUAGUUCGUGAUAAAGAGGAUCAUGUGGAGGAUUUUUGCAACCAGAAUUAUUAUGAAUCAUUUGUUAAGUUUGCCAACGUUAUGAAAAGGGUUCAAAAAUUUGUAGAAGAAAUUUCGCAACUUUCACAACUCAAAAGAUUUAACAACAGUCAGUCAAUCAAGGAUAUGUUACGUACGAUACUGGAAGAUUUCGACACGUAUUCCUCUGAAUUAAGGUUGCAAGUAUCGUUCAAUACCGAAAAGGACAUGAAAACUCUCAAUGAUGAUCUCGAACAAAUAAAGUUUUUAGUAAAAUCUGAUCUCGAAACCGAAAUGAACGAAAACCAAGAUUACAACGAAAAAUUCAUGACAUCUCUUAGUACCGUACAAGAGCAAUUUAAAACAACAAAUUAUGAAAUUGAUAACAGUAAAGUGGAUCUGAUGUUUCAAGUCAAUAAUAUUCCUUCCGAACAACUUAAAAAAAUUCCAAAUGGAGUUGAUGCUAAACGUGAAACUGUAAUAAGGAGACGUUACAAAGGAAUGGAUGUAGCGGGUAAAAAAGUGAAUAUAGGAAAGGACGACGAGAUCCAAGCCAAAAAGUUUAAAGCGCGAGUAGCAAUCCUCGAAAAACUAUGUAAAUGUGACAGUAUCAUUCAAUUUUACGGAAUGUCAAACAUCGACGGUGAAGAUUACAUGAUUUAUAGAUGGGCCGAACGGCACAGUUUAAAAGAAGUUUAUGAAAAAAAGAAAUUCACUUUAUGUGAAAAAUCUAGCAUUGCAUUGGAUAUUUGUCGAGGAUUGGUUUUCCUGAAUGCCACCGGGAUAUAUCAUCACGAUAUAAGAUGUGAGAAUAUUCUUAUGACUGCUAGAUGGGAACCAAAGAUUGCAAACUUUAAAUUUGCAAAGGAGAAAGAGACGGAGACGCCGGAAAAAAAUCAUCAGAGUUCUGUUAAUUGGAUGGCUCCCGAAAAGAUGGUUGAAUAUCUACCUGAGGGUAAAAAAUAUUCUUAUUCUUAUACUGCAGCGUGUGAAAUAUUCAGCUUUGGGAUGUUACUUUGGGAGCUAAAAUAUGAAAGAAUACCGUAUAUAGGAAAAAAAAUAGAGGAUUUGAUAGAUCAUGUGAGAUCUCAAGAGGCAAAUAUUUGGUUCAUCACUUUAUUUGCCGCAUUCCUAUGUGAAUUAUUAACAUUUAGUGUCGUAUUUUUAGCUUGGGAACACGAACCUGACUUACGGAUAGAAAUAGGUUCUUUGUUUAAUGAAAUACAGAAGCUGAACGCUUGUAGUAAAAGAUGUGAAGACAUUGCACCCGCAGGAACGACGCAUAAUUUAGAAAGUACAUCUACCAUCAAAUUAAUACCACCUAUUGAAGAUGGCAUCAAAGCGUACAAUAAAAAAAACUACAAGCUUGCUUUCGACAUUUUUGAAGCAAACGCUAAAGCUGAAAAUACUGAAGCAAAAUUUUGGGUCGGUGAAUUUUAUUGGAGAGGAAAUUUUGUUGAAAAAGAUCGAUACAAAGCAUUAGAGUAUUACGAAAAGGCAGCCAAGGACGGUUAUACAAAAGCAAAGUUUCAAUAUGCAAUUUCAUUUAUCAAUUUAUACUUUGAUGAUGAAUCAUUUUUACUAGAAAAGAGGCGUUCGAUUAUUAGUAAUUUAAGAACGGCAGCGUACGAUAACCAUGCGGAAGCUGCAUACUUAUUAGGAGAAAUAUACCGUGAGGGAAAACUGAGUAUCAAGGUGAAAAAACCAUUUGCAAAAUCAUAUUAUGAACUGACGAUAUUGAAUGGUCAUAAGAAAGCGGGCGAAGCUUUAAAAAAAUUAGAGACCGAAAUGAAACAUGGAAUAGAGUAA